AUGGCUUACGGGAUGCGUAAUUCCUUUACUUUCCAGCGUGUGGUCUUGUGGCGUUUGUCGUGCUGGUGGUGGUGUGGCGCUGUCCCUGGCCGACCAGGGUAUGGCCACGGGGGACAUGGCGGCCACGGUAAGGGUCACGGAGGGUAUGGGAAAGGUCAUGGCGGUCACGGAGGAGGCUAUGGCAAAGGACACGGACACGGAGGAGGCUAUGGCAAAGGACACGGACACGGAGGAGGCUAUGGCAAGGGACACGGAGGCGGUUACGGCAAAGGACACGGACACGGAGGAGGCUAUGGCAAGGGACACGGAGGAGGCUAUGGCAAAGGACACGGCGGCAGUGGAUACGGACACGGUCAUGGGGGACACGGUGGCGGAUACGGCAAAGGACAUGGAGGUCAUAGUGGUGGAUACGGCAAAGGACAUGGUGGCGGAUACGGACACGGAGGACAUGGCGGCGGAGGAUACGGACACGGAGGACAUGGCGGCGGAGGAUACGGGCAUGGAGGACACGGAGGGUAUGGAAAGGGGCAUGGGGGUUACGGAUACCACUAG